CAGUUGCUGUUAAACAGGUUAGUGAAGAAGUGGAACGUGCUUUGGCGAAGUUGGGCCCUCCUAGACUCAACGGAAGGUCUUCACCCAAACGACUUGAAGGACCAGAUGGAAGAAACUUGCAGCUGCACUUUAAAUCCAGACUGUCUCUGCCCCUCUUCACAGGGGGGAAGGUAGAAGGGGAGCAGGGUGCUGCUAUCCAUAUUGUCUUGGUUGAUACCUACACUGACCAUGUAGUGACAUCUGGACCUGAAUCUUCUGUAAAGCUGGAUGUUGUUGUACUGGAAGGUGAUUUCAACAAUGAAGACGAUGAGAACUGGACUCAAGAAGAAUUUGACAGUCAUGUUGUGAAAGAACGUGAAGGAAAAAGACCACUUCUAACUGGAGAGUUACAAGUGACACUCAAGGAAGGUGUGGGAACAUUAGGGGAGCUUACGUUUACAGAUAACUCAAGCUGGAUAAGGAGCAGAAAGUUCAGACUUGGCCUGAAGGUUACCUCAGGAUGUUGUGAGGGCAUACGCAUUCGUGAAGCAAAAACAGAAGCUUUCACUGUUAAAGAUCAUAGAGGAGAAUUAUACAAGAAACACUAUCCACCUGCUUUAAAUGAUGAAGUGUGGAGAUUGGAGAAGAUUGGCAAGGAUGGGUCAUUCCACAAGAGGCUUAAUAAGGCUGGGAUAUUUACUGUUCAAGACUUUCUUCGACUGGUGGUCCGAGACUCCCAAAAAUUGCGGAAUAUUCUUGGUACUGGUAUGUCAAAUAAGAUGUGGGAUGCUCUAAUAGAGCAUUCAAAAACUUGCGGCUUGAGUGGGAAGCUUUAUGUAUAUUAUCCUGAUGAUACAAGAGAUGUGGGUGUUGUUUUCAACAAUAUCUACGAGCUGUGUGGCCUGAUAGCUAGCGAACAAUACUAUUCAGCAGAUUCACUUUCUGACAGCCAGAAGAUAUAUGUGGAUACCUUGUUGAAGAAAGCCUACGACAAUUGGAACCAAGUUGUAGAGUAUGAUGGGAAGUCGCUUUUGAGCUUUAAGCAAAGCAAGAGGUCGAGUACAACUCGAAAUGAACUUCCAAUGGAUCCCGUGGAUUAUCCUAAUGCUUUGGAAAAUCAGCUUCCUCCAGCACGGUUGCCAGCAUCAGUUCCUGCUGAGCGGUCUUCAGUGGAUUCGAGUUUGCUACUUAGAGGUCUGGGUUAUAAUGACAAUAUGGCAACUAGAUACCAAACCCAGUCUCAGAUCAUGAAUUCCAAUUCCCACCCUCAGUUUGACAGCACUCCAUUUGCUCCGCAUGACCAGAGAAUUAACAAUUCUCAUCAUAUGCAAACUAGAGAACAUAAUAAUAGGGUCGGACUGGCCCUUGGUCCUCCGCAAUCAUCUUCAUCCUUCCAUACAGUAAGCUCCUCUGUUCAGCAAUCCAGUCUUAACCCCUUUGAUGACUGGUCCCACAACCGGGACAAGGGUGUCGAGGACUUCUUGUCAGAGGAGGAGAUUCGCAUUAGAAGCCAUGAGAUGCUUGAGAAUGAAGAUAUGCAGCAUUUGCUUAGACUCUUCAGCAUGGGAGCUCAUGCCUCUGUCAAUGUGCCUGACGAUGCUUAUGCUUUCCCAUCAUACAUGUCAUCACCUUCUCCGAACUUCAGUUUUGAUGAGGAUCGCAGCCGUUCUGGAAAAGCUGUCGUGGGUUGGCUGAAAAUCAAGGCAGCAAUGAGGUGGGGCUUCUUCAUAAGGAAGAAGGCAGCUGAGAGGCGGGCCAAGAUUGUGGAGUUAGAAGACGAAUAG